AUGGGCGCUCACUCCGCAGUUUGGCAAGGCUACGUCGACUCGAGCUGCCUGCAGCUGCUGCCUUCAGCUGUGCCCAGCUCAGACUCUUUCAAUGUGGCGCCACCUUACCCCCGACCGAUGCUGACAAUUCCCAACAGCCUGAUGGGCUCCGGCCAAUUCGACAAGGCCGGUAUCCUCGCCGCUGACUUCUCCGGUCUUGAGGCCCAGUCCGCUGGCUUCACGCUUACCCAGGAUGACAUCAACUCCCUCGCUGUUGCGUUCACAAAGGCCGAUGACGCUUUCGCCAAUGGUUUCUCCAUCGGUGGUGAGAAGUUUGUCACUAUCAAGGCUGACGCUCGUUCCCUAUACGGCAAGAAGGGCAAGGAGGGCGCUAUUGUUGUCCGUGCUUCCGCCUGCACUAUGAUCGCCCACCACGGCGAGUCCGUCCAGACUACCAACGCUGCGACCGUUGUCGAGAACCUCGUCGACUACAUCAACAAGCCCCAAUAA